AUGGCCAAAGUCAUUCUUCAUUUGAGAGCAGAAACAAAGCCGCUGGAGGCCAGAGCAGCCCUCACACCUUCCACCACAAAGGAGCUGCUGGACACCGGGGAUUUCGAGAUCUUCGUCGAGAAAUCGUCUCAGUCCACCUUCGACUGGAGGGAGUACGAGCAGGCAGGAGCCCACAUCGUCGAAGAGGGCUCGUGGGUCAACGCGCCUAAGGACAGAAUUAUUCUCGGACUGAAGGAGCUACCAGAGGAGUCUUUCCCAUUGGUCCAUGAACACAUCCAGUUCGCCCACUGCUACAAAGACCAGGCCGGCUGGAAAGACGUUCUGUCCAGAUUCCCUGCCGGAAACGGUGUUCUGUACGAUCUCGAAUUUCUGGAAAACGACCAGGGCAGACGUGUUGCCGCUUUUGGGUUCUACGCUGGCUUUGCAGGUGCAGCUUUGGGCGUGGAGGACUGGGCUUUCAAGCAGACUCACCCAGACUCCGAGGAUCUCGGGGGAGUGAGCCCAUAUCCGAACGAGGCUGCGCUUGUGGCUGAUGUCAAGAAGAUGCUGGACGAGGGCGUCGCAAAGGCCGGCAGAAAACCUACAGUUCUGAUCAUCGGCGCUCUGGGCAGAUGCGGUUCGGGAGCUAUCGACCUGUGCCGCAAGGUUGGCAUUCCGGACGAAAACAUCAUCAAAUGGGACAUGGCAGAGACUGCGAAGGGCGGGCCGUUCAAGGAGAUUGUCGACGCCGACAUUUUUGUGAACUGUAUCUACCUCUCGAAGCCAAUUCCUCCGUUCUGCAACCUUGAGACCCUGAACGACGAGAACAGAAAGCUCAGAACCAUUGUCGACGUCUCGGCCGACACCACCAACCCGCACAACCCUAUCCCUGUGUACACGGUCGCCACGGUGUUCAACGAGCCCACUGUCCGGGUCGAGACCACCAAGGGCCCUAAGCUCUCGGUGAUCAGCAUCGACCAUCUGCCUUCGCUACUCCCAAGAGAGGCGUCCGAGUUUUUCGUCCGCGACCUGCUUCCUUCGCUGAAAGAGCUGCCUCACAGAGACACUUCGCCGGUCUGGACACGUGCCAAGGCGCUGUUCGACAAGCACGUCGCCAGAUUGAACAGUUAA